CCCAAAUCAUGACGUUUGCUCGCCAUCAUGGUGCCCGUCAUCAAAACAUAGACCAUUCUUAAGUGCUCAAAGAGGCUCUUCAAUAAACUUCUUCCAAUUCACAAACAAUAUCAGCAAUCAAAUACACGUUCACGCAAACAUGGCUUUCACUCAAUCUUCGCAAGGCACUCACGCCACCAGAGAGGCCACUUCUGAGGAGCAAAAGUUCAUCACCGAUAUCCUCAAGCUCUACCAGGCGGAGCCCAAUGAGCAGAGCUACACCCACUAUGCCGAGACUGCCGUCUUCCACGACCCUGUCAGCAUUGCAAAGGGCAAGGAGAGCAUCAUGUCGCAGUUCAACGGCAUGCCCAAGAUCUUUGCGCGUAGCGAGACAAAGGAGGUCGCAGUUCUUGCAUCAUCAACACCUUCUCAGCUCGAGUUGAACUUGACACAGCACUACGUCUUCAAGUCACCUAUUCCAUUCAAAAAGGAGGGUACCGAGAAGACUGUCAACAGCAAGUUGACUUUCAAGCUCAACAGCCAGGGCUUGAUUGAGGAACACAUUGAAGAGUGGGACCACGAAGGCAACAAGACUGCUGAUGAUGGGUUCAUGGGCAAACUCCAAGAGCAGCGCAAGAAGUUUGAUGCAAAGCUGGUCGAGAAGACCGUCUCUAGCGAUCCUUCAAAGGCAUAAAGGAAUGAUGCUUUGAUGCAGCAUAGAGUAUGAAGCUUAUGAAGUAAUGAACAACAUCAAUACCAGUACAA